AUGUCGUUCUUAUAUUGGUUAGUAUUUGUUCUAUUCAAUAUACUGGUCUCGAUCAAAGACGUUAAUAGUUCCUAUCAUGAAGAACAAUUAUUUAAAGAAUUAUUUCAAAAUUAUAAUCCAUUAAUACGUCCUGUACGAAAAGUUGAAGAGACAAUAGUUGUUUCAUUUAGUAUUGCUUUAUUACAAUUAAUUAGUGUAGUUGAAAAAGAACAAGUUUUAAAAACAAAUGUUUGGUUACAAGUUAAAUGGAAAGAUUAUCAAAUGCAAUGGAAACCAGAAAAAUACGGUGGUAUUCUAUCUAUACGUAUACCACCAAGUCAGGUUUGGACACCUGAUAUUGUUUUAUUUAAUAAUGCUGAUGGUAAAUAUGAAGCAUCAUAUAAAUCCAAUGUUGUUGUUUAUUCUGAUGGUAGUAUGACAUGGGUACCACCAGCUAUUUAUAAAUCAAGUUGUUAUAUUGAUGUCAAAUUCUUUCCAUUUGAUGAACAAACAUGUGAAUUACGUUUCGGUUCAUGGACAUAUGAUCAACAACAAAUGAAUUUUUCAUAUUAUGAUGAAAAGGAAAGAAAUAUUACAAUAAAAGAUUAUGUUGUUAGUGGUUCAUGGGAUCUUCUUGAUGGUCCUAUGUCUAUACAACAAUCAUCAUAUACACCAUCAGUAACGAAUGAAACAGAUGGAAGUAGUACGGUAGCAUCUAUAACAAGUGCUCGACUUGAAAAAGCUGAUGGACGUGAUCGAGUUGAAUUUGUUUGUAAACUUUUAAUAAAACGUAAAACAUUAUUCUAUACAGUUAAUUUAAUUAUACCAACGGUGCUUAUUUCAUUUUUAUCCGUAUUCGUUUUUUAUUUACCAACUGAUGCUGGUGAAAAAAUGACAUUAUCUAUUUCAAUUUUACUUGCUCUUGUUGUGUUUCUUUUACUUAUAUCAAAAAUUUUACCACCAACAUCCAUUGUUAUACCAUUAAUAGCUAAAUAUCUUUUAUUUACAUUUAUGAUGAAUAUAAUAACAAUAUUUUUUACAGUUGUUAUUAUUAAUUAUAAUUAUCGUACAUCACGUACACAUAAAAUGCCUAAUUGGAUAAAACAUCUUUGUAUUGAUAUAUUACCACGAAUACUUCGAAUGGAACGACCAAAAAAAUAUCAAAAAGAAGAUAAUAUACAUGUGACAGAAGCUGAUAGAGCUAAACAAACAAUGUUAAAUUACAUGCAAGCAUCACGCGCAUUAUCAAUAGCAUCACCACCAGUUACAAUCAAUAAUAAUAGUAAUAAUAGUACAACAAAUCAUUAUGAUCAACCAUUAGAAUUAAAAAAACGUCAUUCAUCAAAAAAGAAACACCAACAUCAUCAUCAUCAUCAUCAUCAUCGACAUUCAUCCAAACGACAUCAACAAACUAUGAAUCAAUCAUCAACAACAGACGAUGAAGAAAACCCUUUGACUCCACAAGAUGUCGAUCUUUUAUUAACUAAAGAAGCAUAUGAAGCUGCAGAAGAUUUAAGUUUCAUUGCAAAUUAUAUGCGAUCAGCUAGUCAUUAUGAAGAAGUUCGUGAUGAUUGGAAAUAUAUUGCAUCGGUAAUUGAUCGAUUACAAUUAUUUAUUUUUUUUGCAGUUACAGCUUUUGGAACACUAAAGAUUUUAUUUAAUGCACCUGGUAUUUUGAAAGUUGUUGAUCAAUGUGCUAUACUUAGAAAAUGGGAUCCAUCAUUUAACAAUGCAACCUGUGCAUAUUAG